GAACCUAAUGUUGAAAGAUUACCGGGAAAAAAGCUUUCUCAUUCAUGCAUGAUAUAUGCCCCCACAUAAUUUUGAUGUGGGACAGCCAGAUAGCAAAGUAAGCCGGCUGAGAUAGUUGCCGUGGAAUUUUCCACUUGGAGAGGAAAAGAGGCAAAGGAGUUCACACUUCACACACACAUAUUAACAUGAACCCUUUUACUCUUUUAGCAUGGCAUAGUCUAUUUGCAUCAACCAUCACUAAACUUCAAGUUUACUAACAAACUGGUUAUUAAAUUUUAAACUUUCCACAAAAUUGCCACAAAAAUUAAAACUAACUAACAACAUAGUCAACUCUAUUCAAUUCCGUCGAGCUUUUCAUCCACAUUAACCCGUCAAAUCAAAUAAAUUAUCAAUGCAGUAGGUUAGACAUACCCCCCAAAAUAGCUAUAGAGUAGAAAGGUGAAUUGAGCAUAUUGUUGGUUUAUAUAAAUUGGGUUUUAAUAACGAGUUUGAUUUUGAUCAUGUAUGAGUCAAAAUGGGUAGUUCCAGUUGACUACAUAGGUUCACUAUGGUUAACCUGGCAUAUUAUUAAGGGCAAUUCAUACAAAAAUCUUAUGCAGAUAGACGAACAUGGUCAUUAGAUAAAGAGGUUUAGGGACUGAUUUGUUAGUAACCUAAAGUUUAGAGACCAUUUAUUCAUUGAGCCAUUAUUAUUAGGCUCUAAUCCAACUAAUCUUCAUAUUCAAAACCAUCAAUUUCCAACCCAAUUGGCACUCCCUCUGUUUCUCUCUCCCUACAGUUUGCUUGUCUGUCCUACUCCAUCCCUACCACAAAACCAAAGACUUCCCAAUCCUCCAAGUCAAACAAACAAACAAUAAGCAGCAAAAACCAAAAAAAAAAAAAGAGAGAGAGAGAGAGAGAGAGAAAUUAAUUUUAAUAUAAAGGCUGCCUUCUUCAUUCCCCUUCCCCCUCCCCUGUCUAUAAAUAUAUACACAGCACAAGCCUGCAAAUCGUAGAUUCCGAACCCUGUUUCCUCCUGUCAAAGAAACUCCUCAACUCAACCAACCCACCCCAUUCAUUAAAAAUUCCCCCUUCCUCUUCUUUCCUCAUCUAUUUCUUCAAGCUGAAGAAGAACAAUGGUGGGAACAGAGCAAUCUCCAGCUCGGAAUAAUCACCAGCAGCAAGUGGAUGAUGAGAAGCUAGCAAAGCAGAAAGCAAUUGAUGAGUGGCUUCCAAUUACUGGCUCAAGGAAUGCCAAAUGGUGGUACUCUGCUUUCCACAAUGUCACUGCCAUGGUUGGAGCUGGUGUUCUCAGUCUCCCUUAUGCCAUGUCUGAGCUUGGAUGGGGUCCAGGAGUUGUAAUCCUGGUGCUGUCAUGGGUCAUCACACUCUACACACUCUGGCAGAUGGUGGAGAUGCACGAGAUGGUGCCCGGGAAGCGAUUCGAUCGAUACCACGAGCUCGGCCAGCAUGCCUUUGGAGAGAAGCUUGGCCUCUACAUUGUUGUGCCACAGCAACUCAUCUGCGAAGUUGGUGUCUGCAUUGUGUACAUGGUCACAGGAGGUAAAUCACUCAAGAAGUUCCAUGACACAGUCUGCCCAGACUGUAAGAACAUCAAGGUUACCUUCUUCAUCAUGAUUUUCGCCUCCGUCCACUUUGUCCUCUCCCAUUUGCCAAACUUCAACUCCAUCUCUGGUGUCUCCCUGGCUGCUGCUGUCAUGUCACUGAGUUACUCCACCAUUGCCUGGUCAGCAUCAUUGCAUAAGGGUGUCCAGCCAGAUGUUCAAUAUGGUUACAAGGCCAAGAGCACAACAGGAACAGUAUUCAACUUCUUGAGUGCUUUGGGAGAUGUUGCGUUUGCAUAUGCAGGGCACAAUGUGGUGUUGGAGAUUCAAGCAACGAUUCCAUCCACGCCAGAGAAGCCAUCGAAGGGCCCCAUGUGGAAAGGAGUGCUAGUUGCAUACAUUGUUGUGGCACUCUGCUACUUCCCAGUUGCCUUAAUUGGAUACUGGAUGUAUGGGAACUCGGUUCAGGACAACAUCCUUAUCUCCUUGGAGAAGCCUUCUUGGCUCAUCGCCAUGGCCAACAUGUUUGUUGUCAUCCAUGUCAUUGGUAGCUACCAGAUCUAUGCAAUGCCUGUGUUUGACAUGAUGGAAACCUUGUUGGUCAAGAAACUUAACUUCACACCCAGCUGGAUGCUUAGGUUCUGCGUUCGCAACUUCUAUGUUGCAAUGACUAUGUUCGUUGGUAUCACCUUCCCCUUCUUUGGUGGCCUCCUCGGUUUCUUCGGAGGGUUUGCUUUUGCACCAACCACAUACUUUCUGCCUUGUGUAAUGUGGCUAGCCAUCUACAAGCCAAAGAAGUUCGGCUUAUCUUGGUGGGCCAAUUGGGUCUGCAUUGUGUUUGGAGUGUUGCUGAUGGUCCUCUCACCAAUUGGUGGGUUGAGGUCAAUCAUCAUUCAAGCUAAGACCUACAAGUUCUAUAAUUGAAGCAUUAUAUCGAUCGAUCGAUAACACGAGAAACCCAGGGAAACAUCAUAGGUUGGGGGUGAAACGUUUGGGAGUAUUGCACAGCAGCAAAGUAGUUGGGUUAAGGUGUUAAACAAACAAGAAAGAGUAGUUUGAUGUGCAGUUUCGUUAAUGUCUGAUUUGUUUCCCCUUCUGUUUGUGGUUUGUUUAUGAGAGAUAUGGUGGUGAUGUAAUGAUGGGGGAGGGUUAUAAUAUUGGGUUUUACAGAAGAAAACAGAAAUCUGAUGAGGUUUCUGAAACUGACCAUUUACUACUUUACCAUACAGUGUCUUGAUUAAUGAAAGUGAAAGCCAUUUGAUACAAGAGUGGAAUUUGUCAAACACUUGCCCACCCUUUUUGGUUUAAGCUCUUUUGUCUUUCUUCCUCCGCAAAUUCCCAACGCAUAAAAAAUAUAGCAUUUGGCUCUUUGCUUCGAAAAUAGUAUAAAAUUCAUCAUAAAAU